AUGGAAAAGUGGAAUAGACUUUUCAAUCAUAAGGAGGAGAACUGUACUCAGGAUGGCUGCUCUGACUCAGUAAGAUUUGAUGCCAAGACCAUGACAGCAAAGCUUCCAGAAAAUUCUCCCAAUGUCUUUGGUUUACAAGAAAAACUGAAGUCACAUAAAAUUGCACUGCUUGGGCUUUACAUCCUGAUGUUUGGGGUUCUAAUCCCAGUCACUGGAUUUAUUACAGCUCAGGCCCUGAGAUGGGGUAUGCAGAACUGCAUAAACAGCCCCAUCUGUGAAAAUGGAGCCUAUCAGAAUUCUACUUCAGAAUUCCUAAGGAAAGAAAAGGACCAAGAAGAUAAGGAGGGAUUAAAGAAAAUGAUGCCUGAUCACAAUUACACCUUAGAAAAGGAGAUAGAAAAGGUCUCUGAUUUAGAAGCCAACCUCCUGCACUCACAGGUUUUCUGGAACCUCAGCAUGAGAACUGAGCAGAAGUUUGAAGAUCUUCUCCUGCAGGUUACCUCCAUCAUGUCUACCAUCCACAGUCAAAGCGAAAUGAUCAACACUGUCAACAACUCUUUAGCCAUCCUGAAUGCUACAUUACUUGAAAUUCAGCUUGAUAGAGAGAACUGGAAAGGUGUCUAUCAAGACAACAUCCACAAACAGCAGGAGGAUAUCGAGAGGCUGGAGCAGCAUGUGUUCAAUGUGUCAGCAGAAAUUAUGACCUUGAAGGAACAGCAGGUCCAUCUAAACCAAGAAAUAAAAGAAGAAAUGAAACUUUUGACUAACAUUACAAAUGACCUUAGACUAAAGGACUGGGAGCAUUCGAUGACAUUGAGAAAUCUAACAUUAAUCCAAGGACCUCCUGGACCAAAAGGUGAAAAAGGAGACAGUGGUCCCAAAGGAGAAGCAGGUAUACCUGGCAUCACUGGCCCAAGAGGUCUGCCAGGUCUAAAAGGUGACAUGGGAAUGAUGGGCCCCCAGGGGCCCAGAGGAAAUCCUGGACCCCAGGGCUUUGGCGGAAGACCAGGUAUUCCUGGAUUGAAAGGACAAAAAGGUGCAAAAGGGGACCGAGGACGGUACUGAGGCCAGGCCUUGACAGCUGCCACCCACCUCUCCCGUAUAAGGAUACACCAGAUCCACAUGGCUUUGUCCCAGAUUCAGCCUUGUGCCUACGUGCCGUUGGCCUGGCGGGACCCCUGGCUUGCAGCUAGCUCCGCUCUACCUCACCCGAUGCUUGGCCCUGGCCGCCUCUCACCGCGUAGACCCCCUGGCCGGGCCUUGGCCCAUUCAAUUACCGAUCCCCAGCAUCGCCCUCCCCUGCCCCUCCUUGGCAGCUCUAACCACUGGCCUUCCCAUCCGACCGCUACUCCUGGGACAGCCCCUACACACUCCCCUGGCGCUGCCCUCCGCUAUUCUGGGGUGCCGGUAACUGCUGCUAACCUCUUACCCCGAUUUGGAAAGCUCUAUCCACUGUUGUAGCAACGCGCUUGGAAAACAACAAUAAAAAAUCUGAUGUCA